CUGCUGCUUCCGCUUCCAAAGUCGGAGUUUUCUAGGAUUAUAAUAAGUUGGCAUUGGCAAAGUAGUAGUAGCAGUUUCAGCUGCAGAACCCAUGAACCGACACUUGACCAAAGCCUGAAGAGAUCUCUUCUGGCCUCGCACAUUCAAGAUAUUGAAGUGUUGUUAAAAACAAGUGGUUGACUGUGCAAUUUCUGUGAUAUGGAUAUUGCUGGCAACAUUGAAAUCCGGAGACUGCUGUUGAUAAUCGGUGGGGUGGUUGUUAUUGUAGUUGCAUCUGAGUGUUUUGAGCUUCCCUCUGGUAAAAAGUUUUACUUUUCAACUGCUGAUAAGGGUUCAACUUCAACAUCCACAGUUUUUGCCAAUGUUAGCAGCUCAAACAACUCAAAGCCUAGCAAGUCUAAUGUUGGUGUUGUAGUGGGCCUAGUGGCUAAUGAUACUGAUGUUUCAGAUUUGGCACCAGACGAUGACAGUAAUUCACACAAGGAGCUCAUGUUGGAGAAGAAUUUAACCCUUGAUGAGAAUUUUCCGGUGGGGACGGAUAGAAAUGCAGAAGAUAUUUCUGUUCAGGAAAAGACUAUCGAUUUUAGAAAUGAUUCCUUACAGAAGACUGAAAAAACAGAUGAAAGUUACAAGGCAGACAAUGGACCUAAAACAAGCUCUGGUUUAACAGUGAGUGAAGGUAGAAAUGAAGCUGGUAUUGUGCCAGUUGUAUCGCAAGGUAUCUCUACAGAGAGUCCGGAAACCUUAAAUGCAGAUUCAAAGGGCAAUGUGAAACAAACUACAGAAACCCAAAUUGAGCAUCAAAAGACUGAGCUAUGGCAGCCUGUUCCAGUCACCUUGAAUGGCAAUUCUACAAUGACUAGUAUUUCCAUACUAAAGAAGUGGAAUCCACGACCAACAUCACUAUCCCAGAUGAAUGCAUUAUUGCUUCGAAUUCCUGUUUCUUCUCCUUCAAUGAGUCCACGGCGGUAUUCUACACGUGAUCGUGAACUUCAAUCUGCAAAACUAGAGAUUGAGAAUGCUCCCAUUAUAAGGAACAAUCCAGGACUUAGUGCUUCUGUUUUCCGAAAUCUUUCCAAAUUUAUAAGGAGUUAUGACUUGAUGGAUCACAUGCUCAAAGUUUAUAUCUACAAGGAAGGUGAAAAGCCUGUAUUCCAUCAGCCUUUGAUGAGAGGAAUUUAUGCCUCAGAAGGGUGGUUUAUGAAACUAGUUGAGGGGAAUAAAAAAUUUGUUGUGAGGGACCCGAAAAAAGCUCAUUUAUUCUAUUUACCCUUUGAUUCGCAUAUGCUAAGGUUGACCCUUUCUGGACAAAAUGUCAAAAAUGGUAAGAAGGUCCUAGAGAAAUACCUGAAGAGCUAUGUUGGGUUAAUUGCAAGAAAGUAUUCUUUCUGGAACAGAACGGAAGGAGCAGAUCAUUUUCUUGUUGCUUGUCAUGACUGGGCCCCAAAACUCACAAAACAGUGCAUGAAGAAUUGCAUCAGAUCUCUUUGCAAUGCCAAUGUUGGUAGAGACUUCAAAAUUGGCAAGGACACCAGUCUACCUGUUACAUAUAUACGUUCUGUUGAGAACCCUUUGCAGGAUCUUGGAGGAAAACCGGCUUCAGAAAGAUCUAUUCUUGCCUUCUUCGCCGGGGGCAUGCAUGGAUAUCUCCGACCAAUUCUACUACACUACUGGGAGAACAAAGAACCUGACAUGAAAAUCUUUGGCCCAAUGCCACAUGAUAUUGAGAGCAAAAAAAUUUACAGGGAAUACAUGAAGAGCAGCAAGUAUUGCAUAUGUGCCAGGGGUUACGAGGUUCACACACCUCGAGUAGUUGAGGCCAUAUUCUAUGAGUGUGUGCCAGUCAUCAUAUCAGAUAACUACAUGCCUCCUUUCUUUGAGGUAUUUAAUUGGGAGGCAUUUGCAGUUUUUGUACAAGAGAAGGAUAUCCCUAAUUUGAGAGACAUUCUGCUUUCAAUCCCAGAAGAGAAGUACCUUACGAUGAUGUCGAGUGUAAAGAUGGUGCAACAACAUUUCUUUUGGCACAAGAAACCCGUGAAGUAUGAUUUAUUUCAUAUGAUACUUCAUUCAGUUUGGUACAAUAGAGUUCUUCAGAUAAAAACCAGAUGAAAAUGUGAGAUUUUCAGGUUCUCUGGUACUAAAAAAGACUGGUGGCUGUAAACUAAAGGUUGCUGUAAACAAGCAGUAAAGAAAGAGAGAGCUAUAAAACAGACUGACUCUACCGAUGAUUUCUUGCCCCUGAAAUUGAGAAUGAAGCUGAAUACAAGGAAAUUCUAGCUUAGUGGGGAUAGUGUAUGUAAAUAGCCAAUUGUGUCAAAAUAUUCAACAGAAGAAGAAAAAAGUAACUACAGAUUGUGUUUUU